AGGUCCGGCCCUGCUCUGGGUUGUUUUCACUACACUGACUGAGCAGCUCUUCACGCUGAGCAGCUCCGGCGGAGACCAAGGGAGGUGGCAGCCCCCGUCAGGCGGGUAAACAGACUCCUCUCCGCCACUUUCAGCGCCCUUUUCUCGUCUGUGAGUCUGCUGGAGGUGCUAUGAAGAACAAACACCGCCAACAGGUGAAGACAGCGGCUCAGGGCGGACUCGACAUGUCGAGCUUCGAAGUGACUCUCCAGCAACUCAACGAUCUGUUGACGGACGACAGCGGCUUUUACAGCUGGCCGACCAGUCACUUUCACGAGGUUUACCCGCGGAUCUACGUGGGCAAUGCGUGAGUGGAUUUAUUUUCAUUACUCUUAACAUUUCAUUUAGAUAGAGUUAUCUGAAAAUCACGGUCUUCUAUAGUCUCCAUACACACCGUGCACAAUCCAUAGAGCCAACAUAGGGAAGCUGUCAUUCUGCCUAUCUCCAAAGAUUAACAUACAGGCCUGUAGGAUCAUCACUGAAAACAAGUAAACAAUAAAUUUAUCAAUUUAGCUACUUCACCCUCUUUCUCCCAUGUCCUAGAAUAAAACAGAGGGAAUGAAUGCAACAUUAUAGAGAGUUGAUAAGUAAGAAUAUUGCUGGACCAAUACCAUAUACAUUACCACAUAAUUGUGUAUUUUGAGUGUAUCUCAUAGAGGUUAUAUUUACAGAAAUAUUGUUAUCUCCAGUCAACAGAGGCAGAGUAUGUAGGGCUGCAUCCAACUAAAGCUUGUUUAAAUUUUAAAGAGUUGGGAGGAUGUUAUGAAAAGGCAAAAUGGAGCAUAGUGAGAGGAAGACAGAGCUGCUGACAGAGAUGGACUAUCUGGAAAUAGACACAGCUUUAGUUCUUGACCUAUUAUUCUCCUGAAAUUAAAAAAAUCCUCAGUGACCUACUUUGUAGCAGUCUGUGCAAUUGUCAUGUCUGACCCCUCUGUGCAACUGCUAAUAUUAGGUGAGUGGGUUAGAAAUAGACCCACACACAUGCACACACUCAAACAUGCUAAAUCAGGUUUGUUAUGUUAUAACUAUUGUUAUUCAUACAGCUGCACAGCUGACAGAGUCCACAGUUUUGGACCUAGUGCAGAAAAGUCUGUGAAACACCUUCACAACCACAGUUUUCAGGUCUUAUCCUCAACUGAGAACAAUCAAAGUCCCUAAUUACAGCUGAGGUAUUUUGAAGUCUGACAGAGGUUUCUAUGUCUGGAUGUAUUUAUUCAAACGUCAGUCAGAGUCAGGAACUCACCCGCUGCCCCCUCACUUUACCUCACCUCACAGCACCGCCAUGGAAACCGUUUUUUUUUUUCCGACAUGAUUUCAGAAGUUUUGUUUUCUGCCCUCACUUUUAUUUAUGUAUCUUUUUAAUAACUCAAUUACUUUCCCUAAACUGACAGCAGAGAGUUUAUUCAAGAGUUUAUUAAAGGGAUAGUUUGCAUGCUUUGAAGCCCCUGCAGACAGAGUCACCAAAAACCUGAACAAGUGGAGUCUAAAUAACAGCACAAUGACUCACUAAGUGACUAUAUAAUCCACUCUCUUGGUGAGGUCUACUGGGCGCCCCACAAAGACAUUGACCAUCCCUCUUAGCAGGGUCCCAGUCUUUGUAGUUUUACCUCAGUGGGCUGCCUCUAUCUUGGUGUGGAAGGUGAACAUUGUGUUGAAUGUUGAUGGUGAAACUUCAUAAACAGUACAUACAGGGUCCCAGCCACAGCACUAUAGCCACCAAACAUCUUUUUAACUUUGCGUAAUUUCUUUAGCCAAGAGACUAAACACAACUCACCUACUCUCUUCCAACAGCCGCUUGUUUGUAACGAGACCUCAACCAGUCCAUCAUUGACUGAGGUGCAGUGCAACUUGAUUAAUAUGGUGAUUUUUACUCCAAGGAAAUGAUAAAGUAAUGUCAUAAUCAUAAAUGUUCUUCCUUGAGCUGCGUCAUCCCGCUGCAGUCUGCAAUGGAUUGGCACGAGGUCUCACUCCAAACAAGCGGCUGCUGGAAGAGAUUAGGUGAGUUGUGUUAAGUCUCUUUGCUAAAGAAAUUAGGCAAAGCUAAAAAGAUGUUUGGUGGCUAGUACUAUGGCUGGGACCGUAUAUGUACUGUUGAUGAAGUUAGGUGCUGUUCUGGGCAUUAUUUGUGACUAUAGAGUGGCUUUUUGGUUGAGGUUUGCGUGUGGUUCCAUGGACCCCUGUGUAUUGCUAUAGUGCAGUUGUUACUAAAGUUGGUAUAACUAGAGAAGCAAGCGGUUGCCAACAUUCAUCUCUCGAGGGGGUGUCUAACUCAGUGUUACAAUGUGUUUUACCCUAAAUGAAUUUUACACCAGAAUAUCCCUUUAAGUGUAGGGGUGGGAGAGGGUUUUUUGUAGUUCUUGGUAUGAUAGAAGGGGGGGCUCAGCUGCAAAGCUGAGCCCCUCUGUUCACGGAAGUGUCGGUAUGCUGGAUUACCUUGUACAGCAUUAUGCCAAUGUGCUGGUAAAUAUGAAUGGGACACGUGAGUCACUUGGCAAAAAGAUAAGGAAUAAAAGACGAAAAGAGGGAAAAAGACAAAACAACAGACAGACAGACAGACAGACAGACAGACAGACAGACAGACAGACAGACAGACAUGUCCACUCAGGAUGGAUGGAGAUGGGUGGAGAGAUGGAGAGAUAUGAUGACAGACAGACAGCCAUGAAAUGGAUGGAUGGAUGGAUGGAUGGAUGAUGGACGGAUGAUGGAUGGAUGGAACCGGCCUCAAUGGGACACAAUUCAGAUAGAUAGAUAUGAUAGAUUAUAUGAUACAUAGAUUAGAUAGAUAGAUUAGAUACAGUAGAUUAGAAGGUAGAUGGCUGGAUGGAUGGAUGGAUGGAUGCAGCCUCAAUGGGACACAAGCCAGUGUUCUACUUGUGCCGGUCCCAAGCCCGGGGAAAUGCAGAGGGUUGUAAUUCAAAUAGUUUUGUAUGCAUUUAUAGGGUUUUGAAAAAUAAUGCCUGCACCGUGAGCGUCAUCUCCCUUUCUUCCUGCCCCGUCAUUUGCAUCAUCUAUCAAUUUUAUCAAUAACUCACUCCCUGUUUCAGAUUCUUUUGGGCACCCUUUCUAGGAUGUUUAGGAUAACCCAAGGUACACAUGUGAGAAACGUUAUAGUUUUAUGAGAUUCUUUAGAUGACUUUUGAGUCAAUCAACAACACUGUAGGCCAUUUUCAAUUUAGUCAAUGACUCACUUCCUGUUUCAGAUUAUUUUGGCCACCCCUUCUAGGAUGUAUUAGGAUGACCCUAGGGACAUAUGUGCCAAAUAGUAUGCUUCUCUGAGAUUCAAUAGGCUAUUUGAAUCAAUCGGCAACACUUUAGGCGGCCAUUUUGAAUUUCAUCAAUAAUCCACUUCCUGUUUUUGGCCACUAUAUCUAGGAUGUCUCAGGAUGACCCAAGGGUCAUGUGUGCCAAACUUUAUGAUUUUUAGACAUUCUUUAGGUGUUUUUUUGAGUAAACUGUCACCUGUUUAGGCAGCCAUUUUGAAUUUUGUCAAUAACUCACUUCCUGUUUGACAUUUUUUUGGGCACCCCUUCUAGGAUGUUUUGGGAUGACCUAAGGGACAUAUGUGCCACAUUUCAUGCUUUUAUCCACAGUGUAACGAUUUUUCACCUAACAGACCCUACUAUUAUGCUCUACUGUCUUCAUUUCUCUAAAAAUAGGCCUUAUCCUGUGUUUAAUUAGACUCAAAACCAGCAGUGCAGACCACAUACCGCCAAGGGACAUGUUUAAUGAUCUUACAGUGAGUUCAGAAAUAGAUUUGACUCAUAGACGAUCAAAGUUAUCUUUGCAACCAGUGGAGGUUCUCCCUGCUAGCCAUGAGGAGGAAUAGAUUUGCCACAUGCCGUGACGGUAAUACUACCACUACUACAAAUAAUGAUUAUAAAACAAACCACGUAUAUGCAACCUCAUCUCAUCAACUGUGUCUGGUCUUUAUAUACGAUGUAAGUUUAAGGAGUUGACCAUCGUUUGGUCCAUGAAAGAGUGCCACCUAAGGCCAGAUUUAACUCUUGCUCAGUGUCUCUUCUAGGUUACCCAAAAGUGAGGUGUGGCCAGCAUUUUCGAACCAUCAUUUAUCAGCUUCAAAACCGCUUCAGAAAAGUCUCUGAGACUGCAUCUGUGUUUAAUACAAUCUUUGGUUUACUUCUUAUUAGAGCCAGUCUGUUUCCUUCUGUUUAAAGUAAUUAGUCUAAGCUUAACUGGCUGCUGGUUGUAAUGUUAUAUUUACUACAAAAACAUCAGUAUUCCUUUUUAAAUCUGAAGGGAAAGUUCACACGAAUAUUUCCAAAAAUGUCAAACCUAAAUAACAGAAACAAUAAUGUUUCUGUUCUCUAGCAAAGAGUACAGCUUUGCACAGUAGGCUUACCAGCAAAAUGUGUCUUUGAAAUAUUAAAUGACUGAUUUAAAAGCUUUAUAGAAUAUGCUUUGAGAUGUUUUUAUUCAGUAUAGUGAACCAUAACAGUGUUUCACAUUGCCUCCAAAGAGUCAAUGGACAGAGCUCCUAUAAAAUCCUGCUGCUCAGAUAAAGCACCUCUAUCUGUUGUGUUAGAGCAAACAUUUGUACGUGUAAAUUUUAUAGACAGAUCCAGCUGAAGCUGUGCAGAGAGAAGCACCCACCCAAAUGUUCGAGCUGCAGUUUUUGGUUUUGAUGUGUCUGUCCUGGUUCCUCUGCGUAGUCUGAAAGCCUGCUAGACUUUUCUUUUUUUGUGUGUGUAGGCGUGACGUUUCACCGGCUCUAUUUUUAGCACUCCUCAUCUAAAAAGCAGGAGGUGCCAAGUGGAGCAGCAACCCGAGUUUCACAGUGAGAUGGAUCAGAUCUAUUUUUCAUAACAUUUUUAUGCAAGAAAAGAGACACAUGGAGGGGAAAAGAUCCAAAGAAUUCAAAAUGUUUCAACAAGAAAAACAAUUCCCCUUUUGAAUGCCUGUUUCCUUAGAUACACUUCUCUAUGUUUCUUAUAAAUAACAACUUCUUUAUUAAACUGUUAUUUUAAUGCAGCCAACCUCCCAUCAUGAUAUAUUUGUCUACUAACUUAAAAACCUGUAUAAGGUGCCCCCAUUUAUUCACAUUGCAAAAUGAGAUGUUUGUUCAUCUGAAUAACCAGCUGGUGGUGCUCACGUUCUACUCUGCUGUCACUACAGUCGAUUUAUGGUUGAACAAGAUGUCCUAGCUGGAAAAACAUCAGUCGUAGUUCUUGAGCAGUGAAAAAUAAUUUGAAACUUUGAUAAAUUUUUGAUUUAAUGCUCAUCAUGGCCUCUCAUAAAGAUCUUAUCAUUUUUCAUCAUUCUGUCCCUUUAAUGGAGGCUUCAUUCGACAACAACACCCUGUUUGCGUCCAUUGCACAUUUUCACUUUCUUUUAUCAGCCUUUUUUUUUGCUCCCUCUGAUGUUUAGCAGUUUUCUAUUUUGAAUUAGAAUUGAAUGAAGUUUAUUUGAUAGGAAAAUACAAAGACCAUUGCUCAUGCUGUCUUUGAGCUUGACUGUGAAAAUGUGUUUUUUUUUCCCAAUCUGCUGCAGGUUUGCGGCCACAAAUGUGAUGCGUCUAAAACGGCUUGGGAUCACACACAUCCUGAAUGCUGCAGAGGGGAACUCCUUCAUGCACGUCAACACCACUGCUGAGUCAUACACCGGCACAGGGAUCAUCUACCACGGAGUGCCAGCCAGCGACACCGACCACUUCGACAUCAGUGUUUACUUUGAAGAGGCAGCAGACUUCAUAGAAAAGGCCAUGGCUUACAAGAAUGGAAAAGGUCAGAGGAAGAAGUACUGGAGUAAACUCAAACUGAAAUGUUUUGACUUUUGCCAAAUUAUUGUUUUCUGUUUCUAGGAAGUAAAAAUAAUCUAAUGCUAAUGCUAGUCUCCAAAACAUCAGUGUGUACAAAAAACCUUUGACCUUCAUUCUCCAAUACUUUAGGACAAACGUCUUCAGCUUAUUCACGAACCUGUUCUUAAGUUGAUAAAUGCUAUGAUCGCACAGGUUUGAGGGCUUUGCAAGUUUUUCCUAAUACACAGAUUAACAGGGCUGUGAAUAGAUUAAAUUGGAUCAAACAGUAGAAAUGUGUGAUCUAAUUCUAAAUUGUAAAAAGUAGGAGGUCUGUAUAACACAAUGGAAUAUUUCACAGAUCUGUCUUUAAAUACCUGUGUGUUAGGGCCGAAACAUUAUUAUGAGAUUUUUAAGUUGACCUUCAACGAUGAACAUUUGAUAUAUUAGUUUUAAGACUUGAAGAUUUAAGCAAAAGUCCAGUACACUGAAAUCAUGCAUUUAUAUGUUACAAAAACCAUAUGUAGUAAAAUUAAGUAAAACCCAAGUAUCUCUUGUAUUGCUCCAUCAGGUGUGUACUUAAAACUGUGCUCUUUAGUGUUCAUGGUUUAGGUUCCUACUUAAACACAAUUCCCAGGUAAGAAAACAUCAGUGAAUGUAAAAAAUAUUUUGUGAUAUCCAGCAGUCAGAUUCUCAAUUUCAGUCAAGCAUUUACCUCUAAUGUCGUGUAUAAAUACAAAUUCUUUGUGCACUGCAGUCGCUGUGUUUUGGUCCAUUUAGUGUGUUCAAUCGCACCAAAGAAAAACGCACAUUUUACUAGUUUGUCUGUUCUGUGUUACUGUAGAAAGAGGAACAUGUAGAAACAUACAUGCACCGCUGUAGAAAUACACACACUGUACCUUUAAGUUGGUUUCAGGAGGAAAUAUCUUCCCAAGAAUUGCUGAUAGGAGAAUGUUUGAAUUUGGAGACAGUUCCUGAUAAACUCAAAGUACCAUGACGCUAUGCUAUAAAAGAAAAGAAAAGCACGUAUAUAGUGGAGAGAGGAAUUGGGAUACAAAACUCAUUUCUUUCAGCCUUCAGAAAAAUCAAUAUUGAAUACUGGACCUUGCAACAGUUUUAGAAAAACAACAGAUCACAUGACCAUGUUCACUCAAGGUAACAGUCCAACAGAUUUCUAUCAUUGUUGUGGCUGAGACUUCAGAGAACACUGUUUUAACUUUGCUUAAGCCUGAACACAUGCUUUUAUUUUUCUCCCUCUGUAGGUAAAGUGUAUGUUCAUUGUCGGGAAGGCUACAGCCGCUCCCCUACUUUAGUCAUAGCCUACCUGAUGCUACGCCAAAACAUGGAUGUUCACACCGCGCUGGCCAUGGUGCGUCAGAAAAGAGAAAUAGGACCAAACGACGGCUUCCUGCGGCAGCUCUGUCAGCUGAACCAGAGGCUGGUUGCUGAGGGAAAGUUGUGGAACAAAUGAGACUGACCAAGACACAGAUAGAUAGACCGUCUUUUAGGGAGAACAAAAGUGUGUGUUUAUCACUUUCACCAGUUCUACAGCUUUAAGGGGCCACAGAGCUGUGAGGAGAGGAGAGGAGAGGAGCAGAAAAUGAAUCCUGUUUCCUCUGACCCAAAGGCUGACAGCAUUGAGUGUAUUUAGAGAAUAAUGAUUUCAUCUCAUACACAAACUUGUGACAUUUUAAGUGUGCUUAAACACUGGUGACACUGGUGAUGUGCUGCUCAUACAAAGUUAUGUGUUAAUCCAGGUACAUGUUAGUCACAUGUGUCUACAUACACUCACUUCUAUUUAGAGGCAUCUUUUCAUGUCUUGUAUAGUUUGAUGUUUUUCCUGCUGCUCACUAUUCUAGAGAACAAUAUCAAAGGGAUGUUAAAAUGUAUUUAGAGGAUCUCAUAGUGGGAAUAAGUGAAAAAAAGUUUAGCUGACUGCUUUUCUUAUCCGGCCUUCUCUGCAUUGUAGACAUCUCCUCGUUUUGGCGCUGUGCACUGUCUUGGCCUCCCUCCUGCUAACACUGCCAAAUCUCUCAGUCUCAGCCAGAUAUCUAGUGGACACUGUGAUUUUUCAUACUAAAUCAGAUUUUCAGGAUAACAGAAGAUAACACGAGGAUAUUUUCUUGUGGAAUAGGCCUGCUGUAUUUUAGAAAACUGCCAGAUCUUUUAUCUGUACUGCACUUGUGUCUGAAGGCCUGCCUCAGUAGAAAUUAUAUAAUAGUUCUGGAGCUUUGUGUGAAUUCAUAACACUAUUUCACACAACAGAAAAAGCACUGUCUUUUAGCACUAAGGUGAAGUUGGUCUUAUGUUGACAAUUUAGGCAAGAAAUAUUGGAAGUCUAUAAUUGUAAUCCAAGCACUGCCAGACUGAGUGAUAAGCUCGACAGCACCUCUGUUGGAUAACUUGUAAGUUAAUCCUUUUGCACUUGAGAGUGUUUAUAUUUGAGUGUUUGUCAGAGUAAAUGAAUUUCUGUGUUGUACUGCAGCAUGCCUCCUUACGUAUGAGUGUUUUUUUGUUGUAGCACUUCGGUGUCACGUUGUUGAAUAUUGAAUCACAGUGUGCAUUAUUGUAGCACUGCAUAUUGUUUAUCACUACGUGCAUUAUCUGGCCUGUAACUUGUGAAUCAUCUUGUGCAUUACUGAAUAGGAUGUGCUGUGAUUUGUCACGUCAGUAGGCUUCCAUUGAGUCUCACAGGUCAUGAGACCGCUUCUUUAAAGUGCACUUUUAUCUAAUGACACUUGAGAUUGUUGUUGCUCUCUUUUCAUACGUUCAGUAAUAAAUGAAAAAUUUAAACUCAA